AGCUCGUUGAGGAGGCGGACGAUCGAAGCUCGGAGAGUGGGGACUCAGUAUAAGUAAUGCGCAAGAACAGAAGUUCGACAUUUCACCUCCUCCAAUUCACGGAAGGAAGUUGUUCGCGAAGGAAUCAUCGGCUUUUACGACACUAAAACUGUGAAGGUACCGAUGGAGAGUGACUUCCCGAAGAAAGCAGGCGAGCAACCCAAGCGUCGAGUUGUAUCAUACCAUGCACUUCAGGAUGAAACAGACGUGAGUCUAUACAGAAGAGAGGAGGCGAAUGCAACAGAGGAGUCAUUGGAGUCAACUCUCAGAAAGACUACGGAUGAAGUGGAAUUGGAGGAGCUAGACCAAGACGUCAUGCUUCGUGAGCUGAUAAGAGAUGAAACAACUUCUAGUGAUAUGCGGGAACCGUUUGCCAAAGAGCUGGCCACAACCACGACAGAAGUGGUAGAAGUCCCGAAGCUAGCAAAAAACUUACGGGAACUGAAAGCAGAGAGGGCGAUCUGGUUGAGGUUACGAGCGAAUCUGGAACGGCGGCUGCAAGACUAUCGUGCAGAUCUCACCAGCCUGACGAUCACAAGAGCUGAGGAGCGACUUUUAUCAGAUUCAUUCCUAAGAAGAAUGAAAAAGUUUCGUGCGGAACUUGAUCGUAUGGAGGAGCGGCAGUCGCUACGAAAGACCUCUGAAUGCCCAGGAUGCAGCUCCACAACAGGAGACUCGGACUCGGAAUUCUCAACAUCUGAAUUCUAGACUACCCGAUGUAGAUAACAUUAAGCUCUAUUCUCUACAUGACAUGCGAAUGAAGGUGAUGCAACAGCUGGUGACAGUUGUUGGCGAUCCGACAAUGUCAUGUUCGUAAAAAUGAUACUGCUGAGCGACGAGAUGAAAUUGGUAUAAGUAGAAGACUGGUUUGAGCAAGGAUGGUCACAUGUUUCCGUGUGUCACAAAAGUUGUGCUUCGAGUACGUCUACGUUUACGUUUGUCUGUUUUUGACAUUUCCCGUGUGGUCCUUAUUGCGGAUGUGGGCCCACAAGUAACAAGUCUAUAUUUGUACAUGAUUCUGUGUAGUACCUUAUUCGAACCUACAUAUAAAACAUGGAUACCGUUC